CGCGCCGCGGCCAAUCAGAGACGCCCUCUCAGCCGGCCAAUCGCCGCGCGGCUUCCAUGCGCCAGCGGGCGCGUGGGCCGGGACUUCGGGGAGGGGGACGCGCUGCUGCCGCCGCCGCCGCUGGAGCCCGCGAGCGCCUGGUUGGGAAGCGGAGCCCGAGCUGGCCGGUGCUUGCGGGUCCCUUUCGGGCUGCUGGGAGCGUCGCCGCUGCUGCUGCCGCCGCCGCCCUCGCUCGGUCGGGGCGCCCUCCGCCGUCCCCGUGCAUGGAGCGGCACCGCGGUGGCGGCGAGGGCGGCGGGCAGGCAGGGCAGCCGCCGCUGGGGGAAAGGAGGAACGGCCGCCGUCGCGCCCGGGACCGCCGUCCCUACUGAUUGGAAGAUUUGACGUCCACGGAAUUAUCCUCAAGAGAGAGAGAUUUUGCCAAGAAUACGGGGCCAAUAUGGGUAUAUGCUUCCUUGUUAUCCUAUUCAGUAGCUGCUUAACAUACCUAGGUGUUGCCAAUAUAACAUCAGUACAUCCGUCGACCGAGAGUCCCUUGCCCACCACCAGUUUAGUGAAAACUGCCAGCACGCAGUCCAGUAGUGCAAAACCCACCAGUUCCAUGAAGAGGCCCACCAUGUCACCAGGCAGGUCUCCGACCGUGGCACAGAGCCACCCGCCUCCGAACGUGCCAGAAGCCACAACCACCGCCACCGUCACUGUGCCCAGCAUGAGAGCGGCAACGACGUCACACAAGACUCUGCCACCGACAUCGGGGCCCACCACCGUCCCACCUAAUGUCACAGAACUUCUUCCCAAUGUCAGCACGACAGAUAAAACCUUGAUGACGGUGGAGGACAACUUCACAAGUGCACUAGUGACUUCACAAGCCUUUAACACCGCAACUGAGAUUACAGGACAUACUGGUGACUCAGAUCCUCGACGAGAUGAAACACCCAUCAUCGCCGUCAUGGUGGCCCUGUCCUCCUUGCUCGUCAUUGUAUUUAUUAUUAUUGUUCUGUACAUGUUGAGGUUCAAAAAACACAAACAGGCUGGAAGCCACUCCAAUUCUUUUCAUUUGUCCAACGGCCGGACAGAUGACGUCGAACCGCAGAGCAUGCCGCUGCUGGCCCGGUCUCCCAGCACCAACCGGAAGUACCCCCCACUGCCUGUGGAGAAGCUGGAGGAGGACAUUAACCGGCGAAUGGCAGACGACAACAAGCUCUUCCGGGAGGAAUUCAGUGCACUUCCAGCCUGUCCCAUCCAAGCUUCCUGUGAAGCCGCUUCGAAAGAAGAAAACAAGGAGAAAAACAGAUACGUCAACAUUUUGCCUUAUGACCAUUCCAGGCUUCACCUGACACCCAUUGAAGGGGUUCCAGACUCCGAUUAUAUCAAUGCCUCGUUCAUUAAUGGGUAUCAGGAGAAGAACAGGUUCAUUGCUGCACAAGGGCCCAAAGAAGAAACUGUGAAUGACUUCUGGAGAAUGAUUUGGGAGCAAAACACAGCCACAAUUGUCAUGGUGACCAAUCUGAAGGAGAGGAAAGAGUGUAAAUGUGCCCAAUAUUGGCCAGAUCAGGGCUGCUGGACUUACGGGAAUAUCCGGGUUUCUGUGGAAGACGUGACGGUCCUGGUGGACUACACAGUGCGGAAGUUCUGCAUUCAACAGGUCGGCGACGUCACCAAUAAAAAACCCCAGCGCCUGGUGACGCAGUUCCAUUUCACCAGCUGGCCGGAUUUCGGGGUGCCUUUCACGCCCAUCGGGAUGCUGAAGUUCCUGAAGAAGGUGAAGACCUGCAACCCCCAAUACGCAGGCGCCAUUGUGGUCCACUGCAGUGCUGGUGUGGGACGAACAGGAACCUUCAUUGUGAUCGACGCCAUGCUGGACAUGAUGCACGCCGAGAAGAAGGUGGACGUUUACGGGUUUGUGAGUCGAAUUCGGGCCCAACGGUGCCAGAUGGUCCAGACUGAUAUGCAGUAUGUGUUCAUCUACCAGGCGCUCCUGGAGCAUUACCUGUAUGGAGACACAGAACUGGAGGUGACCUCGCUGGAGGCCCACCUCCAGAAGAUUUACAACAAAAUUUUGGGGAGCAGCAGCAACGGAUUAGAGGAAGAGUUUAAGAAACUUACCUCCAUCAAAAUCCAAAAUGACAAAAUGAGGACGGGCAACUUGCCGGCUAAUAUGAAGAAGAACAGGGUGCUGCAGAUAAUCCCAUAUGAGUUCAACCGGGUGAUCAUUCCAGUGAAAAGAGGCGAAGAAAACACAGACUACGUAAACGCUUCCUUUAUUGACGGUUACCGUCAAAAGGAUUCCUACAUUGCCAGCCAAGGACCCCUCCAGCACACCAUUGAGGACUUCUGGCGGAUGAUCUGGGAGUGGAAAUCCUGCUCCAUCGUGAUGUUGACCGAGCUGGAGGAGAGGGGUCAGGAGAAGUGUGCUCAGUACUGGCCUUCGGAUGCCUCCAUCUCCUACGGAGACAUCACCAUAGAACUGAAGAAGGAGGAAGAGUGUGAGAGCUACACGGUCCGGGAUCUGAUGGUGACCAAUAACAGGGAAAACAAAAGCCGGCAAAUUCGACAGUUCCACUUCCACGGAUGGCCGGAGGUCGGGAUCCCCAGCGACGGGAAAGGCAUGAUCAAUAUCAUCGCAGCCGUGCAGAAGCAACAGCAGCAGUCUGGCAAUCACCCCAUCACUGUGCAUUGCAGUGCUGGAGCUGGGCGGACGGGGACCUUUUGCGCCUUGGGGACCGUCCUGGAACGGGUCAAGGCGGAAGGAAUCUUGGAUGUCUUUCAGACCGUGAAGAGUUUGAGGUUACAGAGGCCGCACAUGGUGCAAACACUGGAACAGUACGAAUUCUGCUACAAGGUGGUCCAGGAAUAUAUCGACGCGUUUUCAGAUUACGCCAACUUCAAGUGACGCUGAACCCGCCCGGAAGAAAAAAACGUUGCCUUCUUUAAUACUUUGUAAUAUUCUGUUUGUUAAUAUCCCUAUUGCCACCCACCCCAUCCCCAAAUGUGUAUAUAAUCUUCACUGUUCUUAGAAGGGUUGGUACCAUAAGGUUGCUAUCGGCUUGAGAUUUUAUAUGUAGCAAAAGUGUUAGGGGAAAAAAAAAAAGAUUGUAGGCACUUUUCUUUUCCAAUGUUUUAUUGGGGAAUUAAAUAGUGUGAUAUUUGGAUUAAUAUUGUCGGAGAGGGAAAAAAAAAAACCACCCUCUCUUCUGGAGAGUUUAUGCAGACUGUUCUUGGGGUUUGUUUUGUUUUGUUUUGUUUUGUAAAUCUUUUUUUUUUUCUUCCUCUUUAGGGAGUAAAGCUUUUUAAAAACCAAAUGAGAUUUCUUAUUCGCAGCAGUUUCUUUGAAAAGGAAAAAAAAAGUGGCACACCAAUAAAGCUUUUUUUUUUCCCUCCGUUCCCCUAGGAAACCUCUUGGAGUUUAUUAUUUUACAGGGUUGGAUUUUUUUUUUUUUUUGUAAAGAAUAUUUAGCAGAGCUUUUGGUAGACGUUUGCAGCCCCUUUUCCAAACCUCUUCACCACAACUAGUUAAAAGUGUGGCAACUUCCAUGCUCUUUGGAAUUCAGGCUGGAUGCUUCUGACUGAUGUUAUAAGAAUAAUAGGGUUUGAAAGGGACCCUUGGAGGUCAUCUAGUCCAACCCCCCGCUCAGGCAGGAAACCCUACACCAUUUCAGGCAGGUGGCUGUCCAGUCUCUUCUUAAAAGCCUCCAAGUGCUGGAGCAUUCACAACUUCUAGUGGCAAGCUGUUCCACUGGUUAAUUGUCCUCACUGUUAGGAAGUUUCUUCUUUCUAGAUUGGAUUUCUCUUUUUUUUUUUAUGAAACAACUAUAUUUGGAGAGUUAAGGAUCCCAGCUGGAUGGAGAAAGUGCUCCUUUUUUUUUUUUUUUUGGAUUA